AACGCAUCUAACCGGUUUGGUCUCGAUUAGACUUGGUACAAAAGGAAACCGUUGAAGAAAAAACUUGGUACGGCCCAGUGAUUUCACUGGGCCUUCCGUUUAUCCAAUUCCUUGUCCAGGAGCAAAUCCUGUAAACUGAACAGCGACAUAUCCAAUACCAAACCAAUCUUCCAUUCUGCUUCCCCUCGCUAAUAAUCAGCGAUAAUUCGCGGCGUCCUGUUCUUCCUCUGAUUACGAGCACCAUUACCUAAUCGCGUUCGAUUCGUCGAAUCGAAAUUCCGCACCGCCUUUUUGUCGCCCACAGAUCUUUCUCCAAUUUGGCUCGAUUAAACCCCAUUUCAAUCAAAACCCCUAACCCUAACCCUAGAAUUCUAUCCCCCUUUUCCCUCAAUGGCGACUGACAGCGAUGCCUCCCGUCGGAAGCACCGUCGAUCGCCCUCCGAUGACGAGUUGGAGAAGUCCUCCAAGCGACACAAGCACCGUCACCGGCACCACCGCCACCAUCGUAGCAAGAAGCACGACGAGGAAACCAAAUCAAUCGGCGGGGAAGAUGCUCCUCCUGCUGCUGCUGCUUCUCUGGCGAUUCAUACUGCCCCAGAUUGCAAAUUGGCUGAUGAUGACGUGGAGGAAGGGGAGAUUCUGGACGAGGAAGGGUCCGCUGCUGGCGUUGUUAAGGGUGCUGAAUCAGGCAAGGACAUUGAUGAUUCUGAGAAUCUGGGACAUAAUCUUGAUGACAAGGAUGAUGGCUUCAUGGACAAUUCUCGAGCUGGUGUUAAACAUGACAAGUGUGCUAGUCUGAGUAGAAAUAGUAAGCCUGGUGAUCAACGUAAGUGUGCUUCUGAGCUUGGUGCAGAAUCAAAGGUUAAUGGAAGUUCAAGCUAUUCUUAUCAUGAUGAUGAGAAGAUUUUCAAUACAGACACUCUGUCUCCGUCUCAAUCAGGUCUCAAGCAUAAGAUUAACCAUGAGGCAAAUGAUGCUGAGGGCCAGUCAAACAAUGCCAAAAGUAGUUUUCCUGAAAGCAGGGGGGUUAAGUACAGAGAGGAUGCUCGGUUAGAAUCUGGGGAAAAGUAUCAUGAUGAGAUUCAUGCUAAGAGGGGAUCUGUACCACGCGAUCAGGGUAGAGAAAGAUCUCAUUCCAACAGUGGGGUAGAAGAUGAAGACCGCUGGAAAAAAAGGCAAUAUGAUGAAAAAAUAGAAAAGCAUUCUGAUGAUGAAAGAACAAGCAGAGGUAGUAGAGAUGUACGUUCCAGGAGAGAAUAUGAUCGGGAUAGGGACAGAGAAUCUAGUGUUAGUUACAGCAGAUAUCCAGGGCGGACUGACAGACAUCGUGGCCGUGAUGCAUAUGAAAUCGACAUGAGUAGAGAGAGAGAUAUGGACAGGGAGAGAAGAAGGGAGAAGGAUAUAGAAAGAAGCAGAGACAUAGAGGUGUACGUGGAUCGGAGGAAAAUGCAGGAAAGAGACAGGAGUCAGGAGAGGGACGGUGACAGAGAUAGGCGAAGGGAGAGGGAAAGAGAAAGAAGUAGGGACAGAGAGAUGUACAUGGAUCGAAGGAAGAUGCAGGAAAGAGAGAAGAGCCAGGACAGGGACGGUGACAGGGGCAGGAGGAUGGAAAAAAGGCAUGGAAGUAGGGACAUGGAUAUGGAACGGGAGCAAAGGAGGGACACAGAACUGGAUUUAGGGAAGAGAAGAGGAAGAGAACAAGAGAGAGGUAGGGAUAGAGAGGAGGAUCAUGAUUGGAGGAAGCAGAGGGCAAAGGACCGAGGGUCAGAAAAAUAUAUGGACCAAGACAGAGACAAUGAUAAGGAAGGGGAUAAGCACAGGGACAAAGGGCGAAGUAGGGAAUAUGAUAGGGGGCGAGAAAGGGAGCAGGGGUUGCAGAACGGUCGAAAUAGCGGAAAUGAUAGGGGUAGGAAGAAUGAUUCUAACAGUGAUGCUUUUGAUCAUGACAGGGAGAAAACGCAAAGGGAUGAAGAUGAACAGGAUGAUUUUGAAGAGAGGAUGACAUUAAUUCUUGCUGAGCAAGAGGAGGAGGAUUUGAACAAAAUCAAAGAGGAGAGUAGAAAGCGGAGGGAGGCCAUUCUUGAGAAGUAUCGAAAGCAGCAGUUGCAUCAGCAGGCUGAGUCUAAUUUCCCUGAUGUGAAGAAAGCUAGGGAGUCCGGGGAGCACCCUGGUGAACCUUUACCAUCCAGUGGCGUAGCUCUAGAGGCUGUGAAUGAUAGGGGGGAUGGAGGAGAUAUGAAUGUUGCGGAGCCUGCAGUAUCUGUUGUUAAGUCACCACUUCAAAACGGGGUCCAGGUUUCUGAUGGUACUUCCUCGCCUCACGGGCUUGGAGAGGGUACUCCAAAGAGUGAGAGAUCAGAGGAAAGGUACUGCGAUGAUAUAUUUGGAGAAACCCCUACUGCAGUUCGCAAAACGGGCAAGGUGGACGGUUUACCUGUGGUGCGGAAUGCUCUACAUGACAAUUGGGAUGAUGCUGAGGGCUAUUAUAGCUAUCGUUUUGGUGAGAUUCUUGAUGGGCGCUAUGAAAUUAUUGCUGCUCAUGGGAAAGGAGUCUUUUCCACAGUAGUCCGUGCAAAGGAUCUGAAGGCUGGAAGUGAUGAACCGGACGAGGUGGCCAUAAAAAUUAUACGAAACAAUGAAACAAUGAACAAGGCUGGCCAGGUUGAAGUUUCAAUUUUAAACAAAUUAGCUGGUGCAGACUUGGAGAACAGACGCCACUGUGUUAGAUUCCUUUCGCAUUUCAAGUACAGAAAUCAUUCUUGUUUGGUUUUUGAGUCUCUUCAUAUGAAUCUUCGCGAGGUGCUAAAAAAGUUUGGUCGCAAUAUUGGGCUUAAACUAACAGCUGUAAGGGCGUACGCGAAACAGCUUUUCAUUGCGUUGAAGCAUCUAAGAAACUGUGGUGUUCUUCAUUGUGAUAUAAAGCCGGACAAUAUGCUGGUGAACGAGGCAAAAAAUGUGCUGAAGCUUUGCGACUUUGGCAAUGCCAUGUUUGCCGGAAAAAAUGAAAUUACCCCAUACCUCGUCAGCCGUUUUUAUCGUGCUCCGGAAAUAAUUCUUGGGUUGUCAUAUGACCACCCUAUGGAUAUUUGGUCCGUUGGUUGCUGUAUAUAUGAGCUUUAUGCAGGGAAAGUUCUUUUUCCUGGUCAAACUAAUAAUGAUAUGUUGCGACUGCACAUGGAACUGAAGGGCCCUUUUCCAAAGAAGAUGCUUAAGAAGGGUGCAUUUGUUGAUCAACACUUCGACCAGGAUUUGAAUUUUCAUGCUACAGAACAAGAUCCUGUGAGUAACAAGAUAAUGAAGAGGAUGAUUGUGAAUGUAAAGCCUAAAGAUAUUGGGUCAAUUGUUAAAGGCUCUCCAGGCGAAGAUCCAAAAAUGUUGGCCAACUUUAAAGACAUUUUGGAAAAGAUUUUUGUUUUGGAUCCUGAGAAGAGGAUGACAGUUUCUCAGGCAUUAAACCAUCCUUUCAUCACUGGCAAGUGAAACCAUGUUGCUGCUUUUCUGACUCCAGAAAUGCCGUUGCAUUGAUGUUUGUAUAUUGUCGCCUUAUCCUAAUUUCAGUGCUAAUGAUUGGGCAUUAUCUGUCUUUAUCUUCUAUGAGGGUCCCUAUGAGCUGUGGACGAUUUCUGGAUUCGCAAAUGGUGAUGUUUGGUCAGGAGUACGCUUUACUGGCGGUUCUUUCGAGGGAAUGUACUGUUUCUAUUGUAAGACAACUCGCCAAAGGCGUUUGUUUUCUUUCACUCUUGUAAUCUUUAUUGAGUAUGAACGUAGUGGUGACUUCUUCAUAGCUGAUCUUGGCUCCUCUAUUAUAGUUGUAUUUGUAUUUCAACAUGGUUGGCACAGCUUGAAGUGCGGAAAGAUAUAUUAAAGGGAGAAAUGGUCUGGAUUGUCUGAGUUAGUAAUCUAUUGUAUUUUGAUGAGAACUUCCUUGCUACUAGUUGUUUUGGCCCGUGAGCUGUUCUAAUACUUCUGUUAUCCCAGUAAUAUAGGCUAUUCAUAGGUUGUGAAGUAUUUUUCAUCUUUCUUUUUUGUCACUUCUCUUUAUCCUGUGGUCACUGGUUUAUAAAUGUAAUUUUAUAUCAUUUAAAUUGUUGUCCUUGGGUGGCUAAUCCAAUUUUUCGUUCAGGAUAUCUUCCUCUGCUUUGUGGCAAUCUCCAGGGCUUAGAUGCAUAAAGGAACCCGGGAGAAGGUAUCUUAGAUUAUCUGCUACUAUAGCCUCAACAUGGUUGAGAUCCUUCAACUAAAUUUGCAUUACCAUGUGUUAUGUUAUCCUUUUACUUGUUGGUUGGUGCUUGUGUCUGAAUACUUACUGUUAUUCGUACUACAUUUAUGUGGAUUUAGUAUUAGUCGGAUUUAGUUGUUCUGCUUGGGGUUUCAUUACUAUAUAGUAUUAGAUUUUAUAAUUUUGCUCUUUUUGAAUGUGCAACUUAAGUGUGAUUGCUGUUGCUGUUACCCUAUCCUUUUACACCUUCGAUAUCUGGAUUAGGAUCUAAUUGAUGUAUUCUGUCAAGUGAAUUUAAGCAAUUAUUAAUUCGUUGUUUUCAUCUUCUUUAGUUAUUUCUCUACUAUUGUUCUUGUUCUGAUGGACUUGCAUGCAUCUGAUUCAUGGUCUUCUGGAAAUUUGGAGGCACAUGCUCGUAGAUGGUCUGCUGCAGCCUGUAGAAAAUCACAGUUAAGUUAUCCAUUUGUUACAGCUAGUCUUCAAUUGGCUAUAUGUUUGCCUCAAGUACUAAUCUACUCUUGUUACUUUUCUUGUAGGGUGCUGUCUCUAUCAUCGUGAUUCUCUUGUAAGAACCUUGGUUGUUGUUUCUUUCUUGUCGAGUUCAUUGCUUUUGAUGUAUAUAUCAUUAUUUAUCUUUACCCUGAUCUGCAUACUAGUCAUGUUGCAUGAGUAUAUCCCACACCCGUCAGGAGCCAGGGUUCCCCAUUUUUCUAUGUUAUGAAACAGUGAAACACUGUGCACCUUAUCUGCACGCUAGUCGUUGUUACUGUUCUUUUAUGCUAUUUGUAGCUUGAUAAUGAAUGUGGUGGUGAUGGAUUGCCUAGACUCCAGUUUAACUUUUUUCUUCUUCUUUGUCUGGAGGUCGUGCUAUGUUCUGGCUGCUGCUUCAACUUUGUGUGAUUAUAGUUCACAUGCUUUUAGCAUAAUUCCUAAGAGGUUAUAUGUAUCAAUUGGUUGAAGGUUGGUGACUCUCUUGUGUGUAGUGACUAACAACUUGUUACUAACAACACAGCCUAAUUGCUAGUUAAUUAAUGCUUCUUGUUUAUGGUUUUAAGCUGUAUGUUCUGAUAUUUAGACCUAGCUGGCUAAAAUAUAAAAAAUAAGUGGCUAGUAUUUGGAAUUUUGAAGGAAAGUUCUUUUUAAGUUCAAGAUAAGCAGUGGCAAGUGUUUAGUUCUUAUCUUAAACCUUAUCCUGCCUUUGUUGGGAUUUGUUUUACACGUUUUAGUGCCUUGAAUAUUUAUUCUUGGUAGUCACAGGAUCACCAGUGUCUAUUUGAUGAUUGGCUCUGCUGUUGUUAGAAGAGUCGAGAACAAGUUUGUAUUGGGCCUAUUUAAGUUUCAGUUGUCUUUAAAAGAAUAUAUUUUGUAUUGCCUUCAAACUGAUGUUCAGUCCUAAAUGAGCUCAAGGGGAUUGGAUGUUUUUGCUUGGAGUUCGGUGAGCAGUGUAUGUAAGGUAUGGAGUAAACAAGAACAAUAGGUUUUAUUAAAUAUGACCACUUCGUUUUAUUGCCAGAUGGAAAAAGGGUAAUAACUUAUCUCACUUUAACAGCAGGAUGUCUGCAGUCUAGCUUUCUUCUAACAGUUUCAACUGAAGACGAGAAAGACUGGACUUUUGAACUAAGGAAGUAUUAAGACUGCCUUAUGUAGGAAACUUAGAGGUGGAUGCUAGGGCAAGGAAGGGUAAUUGUCAACUCACUAUGGCAACAAGUUGUACUUCAUCCAUUGGUUCCAUAAUAUUUGGUUAGAUUAAACACCAGAUUUAUGGGAAAGACAUCACAGAGGGUAUUUGUUAUCAGAUUUUGAGCCCCUUGGUGGAACCGGCCAGUACCCAACUCUUUUUCUUUUUAGAUUAGUAUUGCAGAUCACUGUUUUCUCAAUCUAUUUAUGCUCACCACAGUUGUUACCAUGGUCCAUGGUCCUUGAUUUAAGGAAAUAGGUUGAGUGGAAUGCUGUAUCGUAUCUAUGUUUUUAGCUUGAAGUCUACAUCUUCUAGGCGGCGUUCUCGCCUGCAAAUCAGGUUUAGAUUGGUGUGAUCACCUAUUCUUAGCAGUAGAUCAGACAGCUUAUGUAUCAUUAUGAUUAUAAUAAUUAUCCAAGUGUUUGAUAGCACUGCUCAAUGUUAAGAGUGUCCUUGCUUCACAGUCUUCGGAGGCACUGUUGAAGGAAAAGGUUGAUGGAUGGACGUGAUUGUACAUUGUUUAUAUUUUCAUUUAGUGUUGUUCUUCUCAGGUGGGUGUCUGUGUCUCUCUUUUGUGGUGGUUGCCAUGAUGCAAGAAAUUGGAAGAGUUAAAUGUUUGUACAAAGUGCAAGAUGGGUUAUUGACUAGUGCUUCAUAAUAUGGGAUGGAUCCAGGUUUUUCUGAUGCUCCCUUCUCCAGUGAAUUAAGUUUUCUUACCUAAGCUUGUAGUUUAGCUUCAGGUGGUAUAACGUGUGCUCUUUGAUAGGUUAUACGAUUGCACUCAAAUUUAGGUUUUCUUUUUGGAAGGUUAUAGGAGGUUGUUUGGUUGCUUGGUUUCUUGUUCAGCAUAAGUUGUUGAUGUUUAGUUACUCAUAAGAUAUUGUCCUCUGAUUUGAGGGCUGAUGACUGAUGAGGUGUUUUAGAUUUUAGGGUUAGCUGUUGAGUGGAGACACGAAUGAUUAGAGAUUGUGCACUAGUUACUUCUCUGACCUGGCAGGAUAGUUAGGAAUAAUCCAACCACUUCCUGUAGGAAUUGUCUUUCAAACUUCUGGGUGAUUACACAGGAAAUUUGUUAAGAUAUAAUUCCACAGGCGGAGCUUCAUGGUGGGUGCUUUUGUGGACUUUUGAAACUAGGUAUGAGAAUUAUACUUAAUUUUGAAGUGUGCCAAGUAUUGUUAAAUUUUGAACAUUCACAAUGUUAACGACUUCUCAUAUUUUGACCGACAUCUCUAAUCUACGAAUUCGGUUUGGCACCGUUGUUCUUUUAGUUUCUUGGAUUGAUCGGAUUAGAGUGGAGCUCAAUUUUGGAAUGGUAUGUAUUAAGAGCGUGCCUGUAAAAAUCAAAAUAGAUUAUGCAAAUUUAU